AUGGAGAUGGAAAUUCCUCGGAAGCUUUGGGAACAUCCCCGCCCCCAAGAAACAGAAAUGUACAAAUUCAUGAAGAAGGCUGAGCUCGCGACUGGACGGUCAUUUUCGGACUAUCAUAUUCUCUACAAGUGGUCUUGCAAGAACCGCUCCGAGUUUUGGCAUUUCACUUUCAAUUAUUUCCCACUAGUGUACUCCGGCACGCUCCCUAAUCCUGUCGUGGACGAAAACGCUCGAAUCGAUCAGGUACCUAAAUGGUUUGAUGGGAUCAAAUUGAACUUCGCCGAGAACGUUCUGUUUGUGGGCGAUGGCAAAGGUCGUGGUAUCACUAGCCCAGGUAAAGAAGACCACAAGAUUGCCUGUACCGAGGUUAGGGAAGGGUCCUUCGUUGAACCUAUUAGGCAAGUUAGCUGGAAAGAACUUCGAGAGCGAACGGGCCGACUUUCUCAAGCUCUUCGCGCACACGGCGUUCGCAAAGGUGACAGGAUUGCUAUUGUUGCGAGCAAUUGCCUCGACACCCUGACCGUGUUCCUCGCCACCACCACAAUCGGCGCCAUUUUCUCGAGCUCGAGUACAGAUCUUGGCUCAAAGGGCAUUUUGGAGCGUCUCGCGCAGAUAGAGCCCAAGUAUGUCUUCAUGGAUGAUUAUGCAGUCUACGACCGGAAAAAGAUCGACUUGAGGCCCAAGAUGAAAGAGGUCAUUAACCACCUGAAGAAGGUCCGUACUUUCAAGGGUGUAAUAUCACAGCCACGCUUUCUCAAUAAGCCCGCGGAUAUAUCAGAGAUCUCAGAUUGCCAAACAUGGGAGUCUUUUAUCUCAAUGGCAGGGUCGACGAAGCUUUUGUUCGAACAGCUUGACUUUGGCGAUCCAAUGAUCAUUGUGUAUUCGUCUGGGACCACCGGCCUGCCUAAAUGUAUUGUACACUCUGCUGGUGGUGUUGUGCUCAGCGGACAUAAGGAAUCCGUGCUUCAUCGACGAGUCGAUCAAACGUCAACACAACUGCAGUUCACCACGACAGGCUGGAUGAUGUACAUGAGUUCUGUACAGCUCAUGCUGGUGGGUGCAAGGCUGGUGAUGUACGAUGGCAGCCCAUUUGCGGUGGAUGACAAAAAUUUCAUUCGUCUGGUUGGUGAACAGAAAGUGACGCAUUGGGGGAUAUCACCUCGGUACCUCCACACCUUGAGAUCAAAGUCGAUAAAUCCUCAGCAUGUGACAGAUCUUAGCAACCUAAUAGUGGUCACGAGUACAGGUAUGGUAUUGUCAGAAUCACUAUUCGAGUGGUUUUACGAUUCUGGUUUCUCACCUUCUGUACAACUGUGCAACAUUUCAGGUGGAACAGACAUUGCCGCAGCAUUUGGCACCGGUAACCCCCUUCUCCCUGUGCACAUUGGAGGAGCACAAUGCAUUGCUCUCGGCAUGGCAGUUUCGGUAUUCGAUCCGGCGAUCGAACGUGGCAAGGGAGUUGCCGUUCCAGAUGGAAUUCCUGGGGAACUUGUCUGCACAGAAGCCUUUCCAACCAUGCCAGUGAAAUUCUGGGGCGACAUCAGCCGGAAGGGAUACCACAGCAGUUACUUUGAUAAGUAUGAGGGUAUCUGGACCCAUGGGGACUUCAUUCUGAUUCAUCCACAAACAAAACAAGUGAUUUUCCUAGGCAGAGCGGAUGGAGUACUUAAUCCCAGUGGAGUAAGAUUCGGCAGCUCAGACAUCUACAGCGUGAUCGAGUCCGACUUUUCGGAAAUUGUCGCGGACAGCAUCUGUGUUGGGCAACGCCGACCUCAGGACGAUGAUGAAAGUGUCAUAUUAUUUCUCUUGCUAAGACCAGGGAAGAAGUUAACGCCAAAACUGAUUCAGCAAAUCAAGUUUGCGAUUCGAAAAGAGCAUUCACCACGCCAUGUUCCAAAGUAUGUGUUUGAAACACCAGCCAUACCAGUUACCAUCAAUGCGAAGAAAGUCGAGCUCCCUGUGAAGCAGAUUGUGUCCGGAAAAGUCAUCAACCCAUCAGAAACGAUUGCAAAUCCCGAAUGCCUUCAGUACUAUUAUCGGUUCGCAAAGGAUGAGAAUUUGGUUUCAUCUGAGAAACCUAGGCUUUGA